AACGUGACCGGUUCUCCGGUGGCGGCAACUUUUUAUAUAAACUCAUACCCACCCCCCACCCCUCUGGCGACGGGUGUUGUGUCCUUUGGAGAGUUUUGAGCUUUUGGAGUUCGGAAAAGGCCAGAUUGCUUCCACACAGAGUUCACUUAAUACAGAGAGAGAGAGAGAGAGAGAGAGAGAGUCAUGGAAGCUAACGAAUAUGAACAACAGGAGCCACUUCUUCAGUUCUAGAGGCAUCUGCGACAGCGCGAGUUGGAUUAUUGGGUCCUAGUCAAUGACGCCUUUUGCUUUGGUCUUUGCAGAAAUUAUGAACGCCGAAACUUUGGCGGUUGAUUCCCGGUUUGUUUAGGUUGUUUUUUGAUUGAGUUGAGUUUAGAUAGUGAUAGUGAGUAAGUGAGUGAGUGAGUGAGCGAGAGCAAAGAGCAGGUUUAGUGAUGGAACUGUUCUCGACUGGUCCUCCGAUUAAGAGAAGAGCAGGGCUACGGAUUAAACAGGCGGGUCGGGCUUCGUACCGGGGCAGUUAGGGAGUGUUUUCUCUGUGUUUUGUGGUUUUUGAAUGUGAUUGAUUGUGUUUGUUAGUUUAAUUUGAGCUUUUGAGAGAGUUGAAAAGAGAUGGGGACUACUGCUCUGAGGCAGUUAUUGAAGACCCUCUGCAGCAAUUCGCUUUGGACUUAUGGGGUCUUUUGGAAGCUCAAGCAUCAGACCGAUUUGAUUUUGAGCUGGGAGGAUGGGUACUGUCACCAACCAAAACCAAGAGAAACUGUGGAUCGUGCAACAGAUAGUAUCUACUUUGGUGAGGCGAAUGAGAUAUCUUUUAAGAAGUGUGCAACAGGCAUGCAUGAAGGUGGAUCUGCGGGGUAUCCAAUUGGACUGGCAGUGGCCGAUAUGUCACAUCUUCAUUACACAUUUGGAAAGGGGGUAGUCGGUGAGGUUGCAAGUACAGGAAACCAUAGCUGGGUGCUCCUCGAUGGUUUGCGCACCAGCGUAUCUGACUCUAACUUAGUUUCGGAUUGUCCAGAUGAGUGGUUGCUUCAGUUUGCAUUGGGCGUCAAGACAAUUUUGCUUGUACCUGUACUUCCACAUGGAGUUUUGCAAUUUGGCUCCUUGGAAACGGUGCCUGCUCAUUCUAAACUUAAUCUAAAUGUCUUGCAUUGGUUAUUUCAGGUUGAUGAAGAUCUGGCAGUAGUUGCUUUUAUGAAAGACAGAUUCAAUGAUAUUCACAAUCUCAUGGGGAAAGCUGUACCUUCCAACUUAAAUAGGGGCAUUCAAGCUCCAUAUUCUUGGUCACUUUUAUCUGGUUUAAUGGAGAACACAUAUGAGUCAUCAACUGUUGGCAUUAACCCACUGAAAGUUGAAACGUCAGAAGAUAUUGGCAACAACAGACGGAAUGAUAACCUACUGUCGACUUUGGAGCAAUUCAUGCAAUUUCCAACCAUUGAAGAUCCACAUUUUGGAAUAGAUCCAUCAGUUCUUAAAAAUGCAGGUGAAUGUGAGAUUGGUGUUCCGGCAUUUUGUUCCACUGGAGAAGCAAAUACAGUCAAUCAGUCUACACACACUAGUGUGCUGGAUAUGGUGGAAAAUCAGAUAUUUGGGUUGUCUUGUCAGGAGGAAGAACUUUUUGCCUUUUCUCAGAAUGGUGGUUAUAAUUUUGGAGUUUUUGGAGAAUCCUUUGGAGGUUUCAAUUCUAACACCGCUGGAAGUGCAGCAGAACAACUGUUCAAAUUCAAUAAUGAUACAAGGCACAACAGUGUGAAUAAUUUCUUUGAAUUUCCUGAAACUAGUGAGCUACACAAAGCACUUGGAACAUCUUUCCAGAGACAAACCAAUGAACAGUUAUGGGAUUUAUCCAUCUCCAUUGAUGAUACAUGUAGCAGCUCUGGUGUGCAGAAAGAUCUUAUUAGCAGCAUUAACCCACCAUGGUUUUCCAACGGAUGUGAUGCUGAGAACCUCUUGGAAGCUUCAGUAGCCAAAGAUGACACAUCAUCUAGCAUAUCAGAUGGUAUUAAAUCAUGUACAACCUCAUCAAGACAAUUUUCUGCUUCCUAUAAACAAUUGAAAUUUGAAGAGGGCGGUCCGAUGGAAUGUGAACCAAUGAUAUGGAGCCAUACAUCUGCUUUGCCUGCCACGCGCAAGACUUCAUCUUCUUUCACAGGCAUGAUGAACACUGUGGUUGACGAUGAGCAGGAAGAAAAGGGAACAAAAGGACACACUCCUACUCAGCCUAAAAGGGAACAGAAGUUGUCCGGCACCAAUGCAAGAAGGGCCAAACCUGGCAAUAGCCCAAAGCUAAGACCAAGAGAUAGACAACUGAUUCAGGAUCGUGUCAAGGAACUUCGAGAACUUGUCCCAAAUGGUGCCAAGUGCAGCAUUGAUGGCCUUUUGGACCGAACAAUAAAACACAUGAUGUAUUUAAGAAGCAUGACUAACCAAGCUGAAAAAUUGAAGUCCUAUGCACAUCAAGAUCAAGAGGCACCUCAUUGCAAUAACACAAAUGAGACCCCAAGUGGUUCCUCAAAUGGCACAAGCAGGGCUUUUGAACUUGGAAAUGAACUCCAGAUUAGUCCCAUUGUAGUGGAAGAUCUCGAACACCCAGGGCAUAUGCUCAUAGAGAUGCUAUGUGAUGAACACGGGCUCUUUCUUGAAAUCGCCCAAGCUAUCAGACGGUUGGAGUUAACAGUGUUGAAGGGUGUGAUGGAAACCCGCUCAAACAACUUGUGGGCACAUUUUGUUGUUGAGGCUCCCAGAGGAUUUCACAGAAUGGAUGUGUUUUGGCCUCUUCUACAUCUACUGCAACGCAGAAGAGGUUCCCUAUCAAGCAAGAUCUGAGACACCGUCUCCUGUAUUGUAAACCAGAUAAUAAAAGAGAAGACAAAGGAAAUAUCUCGUGCAAUGUAUAUGAAUCACUAGAAGUACUUAUAUUGUUUGUGUACAAACUCAAGAGAGAUUUAUCUGUUAUUUGCUGUUUGAAGACUAUUAGCUUCAAAAAACUACAAAGAAUGGAAUACAAAGCUCAUAGCCUCCGUGCACGCACGUAUUGAUAAAA